UCGUUCGAUAAGACUUUGUUUCAGACUCACUAUAACAACCCAUUCUCCCCACGACUAUAAACUUUCAUUCUGACACAACACAACACCACACCAGCACCCUGGAAAAAUGAGGUUCUCUUUCUUCUCUCUCUUCCCCAUCUCGCUCUUUCUACUCUUGUUCCCAUUGACCUUCCAUGGUGCAACAGGCAACAAACUCAUCCGCGACACCUGCAAACUUAUAUCACAAGACACUUCAAACGUGAAGUACGACUUCUGUAAAACGUCCCUUCAAGCAGCUUGGGAGAGGUACUAUUACCCGAAUCUUGAAGCACUUGGUUCUGUAUCACUCACACUCGUAAAAAACAGUGUUACGGACACAAGUAGCUAUAUCGUCGAAUAUCAGAUUAAAGCAUGGAAGAACAAUAGUUCACAGCCGCAUGUCAGGACACGCUUGCAGGACUGCUUCAAACUUCACUCGGAUGCAAUUGAUGAGCUGGAGAAGGCAGUGAAGAGUUACAAGUCUCAGAAGUACACAGAAGUAAGAGAAGAAGCAACUGCAGCCCUUGCUUUUCUUACUACUUGUGAAGAACGGUUCAAGAACAGAGGUCUAGUUUCACCACUAACAAAAAGAUACAACAAGGCAGUUCAGUUGACUGCAAUAGCACUUCACAUCUUGAGCAUGCACCAUUGAUGGAGAAGCAGUAACCUGCCUAGUAAUAAAUAAAUGGUCAAGAGUCUUAGUUGCUUGUCUUUCUCACUUUCUCUGCGGGUGAAAUAAAUCAUGAUAACGCAAAUAGUAUAUAUCAAAAUGAAGACACGACAAAAUAACGCAAAGGAUAUAAAUCCAAACAAAGCAGA